CCAUCCCAUACAGGGGGUAAACCACUGAAAAAGGGCAGUCGUCGUGGUCGUUGGAGUUGUCGUUGUCGUCGUCGUCAUCGUCUGGCAUCCAAAUAUUGAAUAUUUACAAAUGCGUUGAGUGCAUUUUGGAGUGGCCGGCACUUAUAGCGACUCUCCUCCGGGUGGAUGUGCCAGGGUAUCAACUCCCAUAUCGACUUUAUCCGAUUCGCGUGUGAGUGUUCGCUUUUUUUUCCAUCACUUGCUAAUUGAGAACAGAGCUGCCAAAGGACACUUGAAAAGGAUAAAACUACCAAAUACGGAUAUGGCGGCUGUAAGGAUCUCAGUUUUGGUUCUAUUCCAAGCUUUGAUGAUGGCUUUAGUUGUGGCCAACUCAUCACACUUCCUGCAACUGCCCCAAAGUCAGUCGGUUGUGGAAAACGAAUCCGUUGACUUUGAAUGCCGGGCCACGGAUCCAGCCAGCGAAUUGCAUUACGAGUGGCUGCAUAAUGGACAUCGGAUGGCGUAUGACAAGCGUGUCUAUCAAAUCGGCUCCCAUUUGCAUAUCGAGGCGGUGCAACGUGCCGAGGAUGUUGGCGAUUAUGUUUGCAUUGCCACAAGUUUGGCCAGCGGCGCCAGGGAGGCGUCUCCCCCGGCCAAAUUGAGUGUGAUAUACAUCGACUCGGCCAGUGUCCAGCUCCUGGGCAGCAAUAGGAAUGAGCUCCUUCUCAAAUGCCAUGUGGAGGCAGUCUCCGGAUCUGAUGAUCCCCUCCAGAUCGAAUGGUACAGGAACAGCGCCAAACUAGCCUCCUGGCAGAACGUCCAGUUGGACCAGCACCGCCUCAUAAUUCGCCAGCCAAGUGCCGCCGAUGAUGGACUCUAUCGCUGCACUGCCUCCAAUGCCGCUGGCCGGGUGAUGAGUAAGCAGGGCUAUGUCUACAGGUCUAGCCUGAAAUGCCUUCCCCGGUUGCCCAGGAGAAAGAACCAGAAGCUACCAGAAUCGUGGAGCAAGGAGGUCUUCCUGUGCCGCGGAAAACGAGGAGGAUCUGGAGGCGUAGAGUCCCUGCCGGCUGCUCCCGAGGACCUAAGGAUUGUCCAAGGACCUGCGGGUCAAGCGGUCAUCAAGGAAGGUGACCCAGCGGCCUUGACCUGCCUCUAUGAGCUCCCAGCCGAACUGCAGAACCAAAGGAUCCAGCUUCGUUGGCGCAAGGACGGAAAACUUCUGAGGCAUGUGGAGCUGGGUAACUCCCUGCCCCUGCCAGGCAGCUCUGCCGAUUCUGGCAAAGAUGCCCUACUCCGCGAGGAUGCUCGCCUGGUGCUCCAUAAACAGAAUGGAACCCUGAGCUUCGGUAGCAUCAUAGCCAGCGAUGCGGGCCAGUACCAAUGUCAGCUGCAACUUGAGGGCUAUUCUCCCAUCAACUCAUCCCCCGGCAUCCUGGAGGUCAUCGAACAGCUCAAGUUUGUUCCCCAACCCACGUCCAAGAACCUUGAACUCGAUGCUGCCGUUGCCAAGGUGCAUUGCAAGGCGCAGGGGACUCCCACUCCUCAAGUGCAAUGGAUGAGGGAUGAUGUGAACACCUCACUGCCCGACCAAGUGGAGGUGGAUGCCAAUGGAACUCUCAUCUUCAGAAACGUUAAUGCCGAUCAUCGAGGAAACUACACCUGUCUGGCCACCAACACCCAGGGACAGAUUAACGCCACAGUGGCCAUAAAUGUGGUGGUCACCCCAAAGUUCAGUGUUCCACCGGUGGGUCCCAUUGAGACUGCGGAGCAGGGCAACGUGGUUAUUCAUUGCCAGGCCAUCGGCGACCCCAAGCCCACCAUACAGUGGGACAAGGAUCUGACGUAUCUGAGUGAAAAUAACACUGAUAGAGAGAGGUUCCGGUUCCUGGAGAAUGGCACUCUGGAGAUCCGAAACGUCCAGGCGGAGGACGAGGGCAGCUAUGGAUGCACGAUUGGCAACAGCGCCGGACUCAAGCGAGAGGAUGUCCAGUUGGUGGUGAAGACCGCCGGUGAUGGUUUCCCGCCCGAGGAGUCCGGAGGCGAUGGCUUCCUGGUGACACGUGCCGUUCUCAUCACUAUGACGGUGGCCUUGGCCUACAUAGUCCUGGUGGUGGGUCUAAUGCUGUGGUGUCGCUAUCGUCGCCAGGCCAGAAAGGCCCGCCUGAACGAGCUGAGUACCAAGGAAGCUGGCGGAGAUCAGCCCGAUGGAGCUGCUAACGGCAAGGGAUCCGAGCAAGAGCCAUGCCUCUCCAAGCAACGCAAUGGGCACGGCGGGCAGUCCCGGUCCAAGUCCAAUGGAGAUGCCCAGAAAUCCGACGACACUGCCUGCAGUCAGCAGUCGAGGGCCUCCAAGAAAUCCGCCCACAUCUACGAGCAGCUGGCCUUGCCCAGGUCCGGGCUCACCGAACUUAUUCAGAUCGGACGCGGGGAGUUCGGUGAUGUGUUCGUUGGCAAGCUGAAGGCCUCAUUAGUGUCCAACGGUUCACCCAGCGACAAGGAUACGGAUACGGAGAAGGCGAACAGCAACAGCGAAAACGGUAGUGGUGGCAGUGGAAGUGGUAGCACCACCCUAAGCACUCUCAACGAGAAACGCCGCUCCAAAACCUCCAUGGACGACAUCGAGGAGAUCAAGGAGGAGGAGCAGGAGCAGCAGCAGCAAUCGGAUCUCGAUCAACUGGUCCUGGUAAAGGCCCUCAACAAGGUCAAGGACGAGCAGGCCUGCCAGGAGUUCCGACGACAACUGGAUCUGCUGCGUGGCAUCUCCCACAAGGGAGUGGUGCGUCUCUUCGGACUCUGUCGCGAAAAGGAUCCUCACUACAUGGUGCUGGAGUACACGGACUGGGGAGAUCUCAAGCAGUUCCUGCUGGCCACAGCCGGAAAAGUGAACACAGCCUCGGCUGCAGCCACAUCCUCACCACCACCAUUGACCACCAGCCAGGUCCUAGCCGUGGCCUAUCAGAUUGCCAGGGGAAUGGAUGCCAUCUAUCGUGCUCGCUUUACUCACAGGGAUCUGGCCACUCGCAACUGUGUUAUUUCGAGCGAGUUUAUAGUCAAGGUCUCCUAUCCAGCCCUUUGCAAGGACAAGUAUAGCCGGGAAUACCACAAACACCGCAACACUCUGCUCCCGAUCCGGUGGUUGGCGCCCGAGUGCAUCCAGGAGGACGAGUACACCACAAAGAGUGACAUUUUUGCCUACGGAGUGGUGGUGUGGGAACUCUUCAAUCAGGCCACGAAACUGCCGCACGAGGAGCUGACCAACGAGCAGGUGAUCCAGAAGUCCCAGGCAGGAACCCUGGAGUGGACAGUGGCCGAAACGACGCCAGAUAGUCUGAGAGAGAUAUUGUUGUCCUGCUGGGUGACCAAUCCGAAGGAACGACCCUCGUUCAGCCAACUGGGUGCGGCCCUGAGCAAGGCCAUGCAGAACCUGGAGAAGUGAGGAGCAGACUGAUGGAGCAAAUGCCAAAAAAUAAUUCGUAAUAUUGUCUUUAGUAUCUGUCCGAGUAUUUUCAUUGCUACUCUAGUUCAUAAGUCAUAAGGAUGGACGCCUGUUCAACAUGCGUACUUAAUGCAACACACAGAUCGAUAUAUAUAUAUGGCUAUAUUUUAACAGUAACUGUACAAAAAAUCAUGAAAAAAAAAUAUAUAUAAAAAAUUAUAUGUAUUUGAAAGUAGAUAUCUUCGAUAAAAGUAUUUGCGUGGUGCUGCAUAUAAAUAUGCAGCAAAAAUGUAAAUAAAAACUGCCACAAAUUUGCAUUUAAACCAGUUGAAGCAUUUCUAGGAUUAGAGCAUUUUAAACAUUAUCAUCUGCAUUUUACAAUCCACUUUAAAGAUAACUAAGUAAGUAAAUCAUCACAACGAGCGAUUUCAAAGUGUUUUUUGAAUAACUAAGCCAAAUUUUAAGUUUAGCAUACACACACCCAUAUAUUUUAUAAUAUAUCCCUAGUUAUAUAUUUAUGUAUAUCUUUAAAAGUAUUAUGUGCAUAAGAAAAAAGAUGAACGACGAAAGAACGAAACAAUUUAUGACUAGCCAUUUAAGCUUUGAUGCAUGUUUACAAAACAUUUAAAUAAACACGAAUAAAUAAAUUUAACCGAAUAAAA